UAGUUUUGAUUUAGUAGUUUAACUCUUGAUUCUGGGUUUAUUGAAUUUUCCCCCAAAUUGACAAUUUGGGUUUGAUAUAAUUACAUUGUUAUUACUCACACUUGGUUUAAAACUCCAUUUUCCAUUGUAUUAAUCUCUUCUUACUUAUUGGUUUGAUUAGAAAUAACAGUUGCAUUUUGCUAAUCAUUUUGUUAACUGUGAUUUUAGGUUUUAAUUUUUCUUACUCCGAACGAGCUAUACCUUGAUGUUAGAAAUCCUCAUUGUUCUUUAUUAAGUUUUCUUAGAGAUUUUCAAUUUGGAUCUCUCUGUGUUCUGCAUUUUGGGUUUUGCUCAAAUUAUUUGAAUAUUUUCAUCCAAAGCCAAGUCUAAUGAACCCCACAUCCAUGGAGUAUAGUAUCAGCAUUUGAAUAGAGAAUGGUUUCACUGAUUCGUCAUUAAUUGAAAUUUUUUCAUCCUUACAUUACAUAUAUAUUUGAAGCUACAUUUAACAAAUGUUCCUUAACCAAAAUUCAUCAAGGUGCACAUGUGUUGAAAGCUAUAUGUCUGUUUGUAUGGGUUAACAAAUAGCUGAUGUUUGUAUGGCACCCACUUCUCUUUUUUCUUCCUGAAAUUUCUUCACAUUCUUGAGAUAUAAAGUGCAACCUUUCUCAACUUACGUUCUUCUUUCACUUUCUGUAAUGUUACUUAUUUGUCAUUAUUCCUUUCUUACCGAAUUUGGAUUUGGUUUGUUUUGAACACAAUGAUUGAUUGAAAAUAAUAUGUACGUGCAAGAAUUGGACAUGGAAGUGCCGUUGUUGGAUGCAACUGAUACCCAGAUGAGAUGUUAGUUUUAAGAAAAAUUUCCAUUCUUCCCGGUGUAUUGUAUUGUCUUAUGUGCGUUAGAUCUCAUUACAGGUGUAUAUAUGGCUAGAUAGGCAAGUUAUGCAAUGCCCAACAGAAAAGAUUGCGGGUCUGGAACUUUGAGGAUGCAAAAUAUCUAUGAAAAGAUGGUUAUUCGCCGACGUGCAACGCACGUACACUCUACUUGUCUUGUUUAAUCAAAACAUCUUCAAUUUCAUUCUCUACAAUUACUUCUACUACGACAACAACAAAGAAGAUGCCAGGAAUCGAGCCGACGACUACAGAUUGGCCUGCUAACAGAGUGAGAGAGACUUUUAUUAGUUUCUUCCAACAAAAAGAUCACACGAAUUAGCCGUCUAGUCCUGUUGUUCCUGUCAAUGAUCCUACUCUUCUCUUUGCUAAUGCUGGCAUGAACCAGUUCAAGCCAAUUUUCCUAGGAACUGCUGAUCCUAGAACUGACUUGGGUAAGCUCAAGCGUGCUUGUGAUACUCAAAAGUGUAUUCCUGCUGGUGGCAAGCAUAAUGAUCUGGAUGAUGUUGGGAAAGAUACCUACCAUCAUACAUUUUUUGAGAUGCUUGGUAACUGGUCCUUUGGAGAUUACUUCAAAACUCAAGCUAUUUCAUGGGCAUGGGAGCUUCUCACGCAGGUGUAUAAGUUACUCGCUGACCGUAUAUAUGCCACGUAUUUUGGUGGUGACGAGAAAUUGGGCCUUGAAGCUGAUAAUGAAGCAAGAUAUAUAUGGCUGAAAUUUUUGCCACCUGCUCGCGUUUUGCCCUUUGGGUGCAAGGAUAACUUCUGGGAGAUGGGCGAUACUGGUCCUUGCGGACCUUGCACAGAAAUCCAUUUUGAUAGAAUUGGCAACCGAGAUGCUGCUUCAUUGGUCAACAAUGACGAUCCAACAUGCAUUGAGAUAUGGAAUCUUGUAUUUAUUCAGUUCAACAGGGAAGCAGAUGUCUCUCUGAAACCUCUCCCUUCGAAGCAUGUAGACACUGGGAUGGGUUUUGAGCGGUUGACUUCGAUUCUUCAAAACAAAAUGAGCAACUAUGACACGGAUGUGUUCAUGCCCAUUUUUUAUGCAAUCCAACAAGCCACCGGAGCUCGACCAUACUCUGGAAAAGUUGGAGCAGAUGACGUGGACAAAAUUGACAUGGCUUACAGGGUUGUGGCUGACCAUAUUAGAACUCUUUCUUUUGCGAUUGCAGAUGGAUCUCGUCCAGGCAAUGAGGGUCGUGAAUAUGUCCUGCGUCGCAUUCUUAGACGAGCAGUGCGCUAUGGAAGUGAAGUACUCAAAGGUCAAGAAGGUUUCUUCAGUGGACUUGUAAGAGUUGUGGUGGAACUGAUGGGGGAUGUCUUUCCAGAAUUGAGGCAUCAUGAAGUGAAUAUUAGAAACACUAACUACUAUAUAACAUCCUCUAAGAAUAUUUCAAUAAUUGAAAUGAGAGUUUAGAAUAUAUAACAUGGAUAUAAACAUUGUAUGUGAACUCAUACUUGUGUAAGUCCAAAAUCCUUGAACCAAA